CUCCGUCCCUCCCAUUCACCUUCCCUGGAAACUUCCAGAGACCCCUGUGUGGCACUUGGGAAUCCCGGUGCGCCGGCCCCAUCACCUGCAUCCACGAGGGGACCAUUAUGAUUUGCCCCAUCUCCUGAAAACAUGGAGGAGAUCCUUGAGGACUCUGGCAAGGGGAUGGCCUUACCUCCACAGGAGGACUCCAAUUCAUCACAGCAGUCAUGUUUCAAGCCCAGCAAGAAGUCAAGGCCUUCAGCUCCAGUUGGGCCCCCUCCAAAAAAAAAGAAGAGAAAAAGUUCGUGGAGGCGACCUUCUGCACAGGUUGGCUACCACAUUCAUGAAGCUGAGGACAUGCUGCUGAUUGUACCCAAUCUGGAAGAGCCAGCGCCACGGGCCCACAGAAAAAAGGCCUCCCAUCUCAGGAAGGUAGCUCGGCCAAAGGUCCGCCAGCCAAAGCAUCACCAACCGCGUCAAGUGGAGUCUGCAGUCAGUGCAGAUCCCGGCCCAGUACAGUGGAGACAGUCUUCUCAGGACAGCACUGUUUCAGGGCCUGGCUGGGGAGACCACAUUCCUCUGGAGAUCUUGGUUCGAAUUUUCCAAGUAUUAGUGGCAUCUGAUGGGGCAGUGCCUUUCCUUUGCAGGGCUGCCCGUGUGUGCCGUCUGUGGUAUGAUGCUGCCUCUCACUCUAUACUAUGGCAGAAGGUGUCUCUGGCCCCUCCAUGGCCUUCUCGCUCCAAGGGUCCUCCUUCAAAGGUGGAGAAGAGGAUUCUCAGUUCUCUAGAGUGGCUGGUGCCCAACAGGUUUUCAUUACUCCGGGAGCUCUCUUUACUCCACUGGAAAAACUAUGUACCUCUGAUACUGAAGAGUGUCAGUGCAUCUUGUCCCCACCUCACAUCUCUCAAGCUUUCUCACUGUCAGUCUGUGACAGCAGAGGCCUUGGUUACUCUGCCCAAGGCCUGCCCCCAGCUGGAUAGCCUCAACCUGCAGAACUCCCAGAUGGAGUCAGCAGCAAUAGUUGGCUUUCUAGAGGCAGCAGGCAAACAACUCCGGCAGCUAUGGCUAACUUAUAGUAGCCAAAUGACCUCCAUCAUCUCCUUACUGUCGAAUGGCUGCUGUCCCCAACUCCAGCUUCUUGAGGUGGACACAGGAAUAAAGCCCAAUAGUCAACACUUUCAGCUGCACAUUGAAGCUCUGCAGGCUGGCUGUCCUCAGCUCCAGGUCCUGCGGUUAUUGAACCUGGUUUGGUCCCCCAAGAUAGGCGGGCGUGGGGUAGCCCUGGGGCCUGGUUUCCCAAACCUGGAGGAGCUCUGCCUGGCUACGUCCACCAUCACCUACGUAAGUGACGAGGUCCUGCACCGCCUGCUGCACAGAUCUCCUCGCCUGCGGGUGCUGGACCUUCGAGGCUGUGCCCGCCUCACACCUUCAGGCCUGGCCAACUUGCCUUGCCCUGAUCUAGAACAGCUCCACCUGGGCUUGUAUGGAUCAGUCAUUUGGGUGGCCCUGCCCAAGGAGGGAAGCCCCUCGCUCACGUGGAAGUGGCACCGCACUCUCCAGGAGCUAGACCUGAAUGGCCAGUGCUACCAUGAAGAGGAUCUGAAGCAGGCCCUGGCAGCUUUUUCAACCACAGAGCCUGGGCGCGGCCCCGUCCUUCGCUCGCUCAGCCUCAAAGGCACCCAAGUUACUGUGGCGACUAUCAGCUCUGUGAUCAGCAGCUGCCCAGCUCUCAGCUACCUCAACCUGUCUUCAUGCCGACACCUUCCUCGGGGCCUGAAGAAGGCCUACCGAGGACAGUCAGAGAUCCAGUGGUGCUUGGACCAACUCCUUAGCACCACCUAGUUCUCAGGAUAAGCUCUUCCUCUUUCUCACCCAUUGUCCCUGCAUCCCCUCCUGGGUGCUCUUCCUGUCUUUUUCCCUUCUCCCAUUUAAAAAUAAUAUUAAAGAUUUUGUAAAAUUAAAAUCCUUUUCUAAAAUAACAAGAAGAAUAUCCACGUUGGGACAGGAAGGAAAAGGUCUGAAGGAGCAGAAGAUGAUUUCAAGCCAGAUUUCCACAGAUGUCAAAUUCAGCAUCUCUAAAAAAGCCUCCUACAUUCUUCUUCCGAAUGAAGUCUUUCCUGACUCCUCCCAUGCACCUGCAAGUGUUGCACUCCCAAGCUACCUUGUAUUUAAAUACUUUGUAUAUGUUUGUAUUCAUUCACUUUAUAUUUAUGCUGUCUAUAUUUUUAUAUCUGUGUAUCUUUCCCAUUAGAAUAUAAGCUACUUUUUAGAGGAAUUUUUUCAUUCUUUGUACUUCUGUCACUAGUGCCUAGCAUGAGAGUCAUAUAGUACGAGCCUAAUAAAUACUUGUUGAUUGAUUAACUGAA